UUUGUUUCCAGUCAGUUCUUUCCGGGCACCGACCUAGACACAGCAACCUCUCAUAAUGGCGUCUCUUCUCCAGGUUCUCUGGGUGUUCUCAGCUUUGGUAGCAUCUGGAUACUCGCUCUCUUGUACGGAGUGUUCUUCUACAUCGGACUCAUGUACCGGCCCCAGUGUGACUUGUCUUUCUCGCUCUGUGUGUGGAGCUAUAGCCACAGAAAGCUGGGCUCUGGGUCUUCUUGUUUCAAAAUCAUAUGGGAAGUCAUGUGUACCGCAGCACCAGUGUGACAAGAGAGGAAGUAUGAGCCUUCCCCACAAUGCAAGAAUGAAGAUGGCCACAUCAUGUUGUGAAACGAAUGAAUGCACCCCGACUCUUCCUUCCAUGCCAAGGGACACCUCAGGAUCCAAUGGAUUGACGUGCCCAUCCUGUUUAUCUGCUGACUCCACCUCGUGUAACACAUCAGAUACGAUGCAGUGUACGGGGGAUGAGAACAUGUGUCUUCUCCAGACCACAAAAAUAUCAGGCCACAUAGAAGGAGCAACAGCAGUACGUGGCUGUGCCACAAAAAGCAUCUGCGAUUUUGGCAGCCAAACUAGUAGCACCCAAGGAAUAUCCACGGAGGUAAAAUUUAUCUGCACUAAUGGAAGUACCGGUCUCCAGAAAGGCUUCUACCUCCCGGCUGUGAUUUGUAUUUUCUUUUUAAAGUUAUUGAUCUGAAAUGCAAAAAAAAAAAGUAAUGUGAUGCCCCGUACACGCGAU